AUGCAGGAAUUUUGUAACAGUAUGAGUCGCAUGAGUCCUGAUGCAUAUGAAUAUGCUUGCCUCAAAGCUGUGGUUCUCUUCAGCCCAGAUCACUGUGGAGUGGACGGCACCCUUCAGAUCGAACGCUUUCAGGAGAAAGCCUACAUGGAACUGCAGGACUAUGCGAGCAAAGUGUAUCCAGAGGACACAUAUCGUCUUUCAAAACUGUUAGUUCGUCUGCCUGCUCUGCGGCUCAUGAGCGCGGCGGUGACCGAAGAGCUCUUUUUCGCCGGUCUCAUCGGGAACGUCCAGAUCGACAGCAUCAUUCCCUACAUCCUCAAAAUGGAGUCUACCGACUACAACAGCCAACCAAUCAGCACCGCUGAGUGACAGAAACCCCACCCACAGCCACACCCAUCAGCUUUGCUUGCUCAGACCCUUUGAGCCAAAACAGAUAUAAUCAUGUGAAUUCUGAAUUAGGAAAUCAUUUUUUUUAUGACUUUGCUUUUUCAUUUGGUCAGUGGUUGUGUCUGUGAGUUGUAUAGUAUGGAUAAAGUGGUUUACCGCAACUGUUGCGGUUGGAUCAUUUGGGCUUUUAUUGUACUGGUGUACUUAUGUUUAGAAAAGUGUCUAUAAAGAUACAGGAAGUGCUGUUCUUGAGAAGAACUUUGCC